UUUGGAAUUCUAUUAAUCGAUUUUCAAUCGGUAAAGCUUGAAUUGCGAUACAAAUGUGAAUCAGUUUUUGUGCACACCCCUAAUAUUAAGUGUCCCCAAUUAAGAAAGACAGAGGCAACACUGGCAAGAACCUAAACUCUAUCAGGUGACAUAAAUAGAGAAAAUAUCCUAUAGAUAUAACAGCUUUACACAAAUAUUUUUUCAAACAUGCUUCAAUUUGUCUUGGAAAUUUGUCACUGUAUAAAAAACACUAUUGUUGAGGAAAUUGUAGUUUUUAAAGGUAAAUGUUAGUUUAACUCGGCCUCUUUGCUGUAUAUGCUGUUUAUGUAAAAAAUAAGUGGAAAAUUUCAUUAAUAUUAGUAUAUAGAAAAUGUAUUGUAUGUGUUCAAUCUAAUUCCGUGUUGUGACUUUAUUGUAGGUUAAAUAAUUGUAACUUAACAGACAAAAGCUGUUCAUCUCUGGCUGCAGUUCUUGGAUCAGACACCAAUCUGAAAGAGCUGAACAUGAACAAUAAUAAUCUGCAGGAUUCAGGAGUGAAGCUGCUCUGCACUGGACUGAAGAAUAUAAAGUGUAAAUUGGAGAUACUGAGGUUAAGCUGGUGUUGUAUGACAGAUGAAGGUUGUUCUGAUGUGACUUCAGCUCUGAAAUCAAACCCGUCACACCUGAGAGAUCUGGACCUGAGCUGGAAUAAUCUAGGAAACACAGGAGUGAAGCACUUAUGUGCCGUACUGAAGGAUUCACACUGUAAACUGGAGAGAUUGAGUCUGAGUUAUUGCAGUAUUACAGAGAAACAGAGUCUCAUCCUGACUUCAGCUCUGAAAUCAAACCCGUCACACCUGAGAGAGCUGAACCUGAGCGUGAAUAAUCUAGGAAACACAGGAGUGAAGCACUUAUGUGCCGUACUGAAGGAUCCACACUGUAAACUGGAGAGAUUGAGGUUAAGAGACUGUGAUAUGACAGAUGAAGGUUGUUCUGAUGUGACUUCAGCUCUGAAAUCAAACCCGUCACACCUGAGAGAGCUGGACCUGAGCAGGAAUAAUCUAGGAGACUCUGGAGUGAAAAACCUCAGUGAUCUACUGAUGAACCCACAAUUCAAGCUGGAGAAACUACAUCUGUAUAGAUGCAGUAUUACAGAGAAACAGAGUCUCAUCCUGACUUCAGCUCUGAAAUCAAACCCGUCACACCUGAGAGAUCUGGACCUGAGCAGGAAUAAACUAGGAAACUCUGGAGUGAAAAACCUCAGUGAUCUACUGAUGAACCCACAAUUCAAGCUGGAGAAACUACAUCUGUUUGACUGUGGCAUUACAGAUGUUUCUUCUUUAACUCAGUCUUUGACGAACUCAAAAGCUCUGCAGUUUUUAAAAGUGCUUGAUCUGAGAAACAUUGAGAUCGGAGACUCAAAGCAGCGGCUCAGAGACGAACUACGAGACUCAAACUGUGUCCUGAGUAUAUGAAUGUAGAUGAAGAUCGACCGGCAAACGUCAGUGGAUUUCCAUCAAGGUUUAAAUCUGUGAAACGGAGAUGAGAGGAGCAGAAACCAUCAGGUGAUCCACAGAAGAGUCUCACUGCUGUCUAUGAGGAGAAAUACAUGUGUAAAUGUGUUUCAUACAGGUGGAAGAGACUCAGACUUCACUAUUAAAUAAAGCAGCGUGUGUGUUAGCAUGCGUAUUAGAAACAUGUGAUAUUGAAUGAUUAAUGUUGGUUUAUUAUUCAGCCAAAUGAUGGUUUAGUUGUAAUUAAAGGUGGAACAGAGGAAGAAGCUCAGAUGAGUGUCAGCAGAAAUCUUCACUAUCAGGCCUGCAAAUAUAAUAA